GCCAACGCAAGGAGAGCAUUCAUCUUUCCUGCUGCCCUGGAAGAGGAACCCAACACCAGGUCAUCCUGUGCAUCCAUCCCUGCUUGCAGCACAGCUCAUAGUUAAGGUGUGUUGGGAAGCAAUGGCCACAGCAGCUCUGCUGAACCCAGUCCCACUUUGCAGCUCCUUCCCUUCCAGCACUUUGGCCGUCUCUGUCUUUCAGCCAAACUCCAUCACCAUGCACAUGACCCGGCCAAAAUCUGCCAAGGGCCGCACAAGGUCGGCCUUCAAUUACUCUGGGACCGCUGGCACUUCUCCUUGUGCAGUGCCAUCAUCACCAGCAGCUCCACGUGACUUACAGAGCAGCCAGAGAGCACCAGCUAUGAAAGCAGUGUUCCCUUCUGGCCACAUAUCCCCAGGGGAGAUCCCUGAGCUCCUGCAGCAGGUCCCAUUACGGAGCUCGUCCUCCCUGAACAAAUACAGAGUGCUCCCCUCCAUUGGCCGUAAGGAUGUGGAAGGUGCAGCAGAGCAGAGCAGCCCUAUGGGUGUGAUGGGUGCGAGCUGUGGGCAGGAGAAUGCCCCAAAAACAGCAGCUCCUUCCGGAGAGCAAAGGUCUGCCUGCAGGGCACCAGAAAGCCAUGUCCAUAAUGAAGAAACCUCGUGUGCUCCUGAGAAGCCAGGAAGGAAGAUGAGGCAGGAGAGCCCUUUGUUAUCGACUCUCAGUUUGGAAGAACCGCUUCAGAAAGAGUCUUGUUUGCUGCUUGCUAUUCGGUCUCCCUCCGGUCAACGAUUUGAACAUCACUUCAAACCCACCGACAGUCUCCAGACGGUCGUUGCUAUAGCAGAACACCAAACAGCCACCAAAUAUGAAUGCUGCAGCAUUGAAACCACAGAGGUACCCAGACGGAGCUUCCGUGACCUCAGCAGGUCCCUGCAGGAGUGUGGGAUCCCCCACAUGUCUGUGCUGUGCAUCCGGCAGGCUGAGCAGCAGGACACCGACCUGUAGGCGUGGGCUGAGCACUGGAGCAGCCUCAUCUUCUUCAUCUUUCCCUAAGUUCCCUUGAAGCAGAGUCGUGGAUACCAAAAGCACGUAUUGAAGUGCUACUUCAAGCGUAUCCACAUCGACCGACUGCGUGGACUGUGUCUUUAAUCCACAAGUUACUUGAGUGCCACCAACUUUGGCUUUUGAAAUUGACAGUUUCCUUCUUAGAUGUUGGUUCUGUUCUUGGAGCAGGAACUUUCUGUGGCCUCUUCUCUGUUUCAAAGAGGUGCCACUUCCCAGAGGGGAUCACCCACUUGGGAAGACAGAAGCAGAACUGUUUUACUCUGUAAAACUCAGCUGGAUUGUGGUUGUAUUGGUGAGCAAUGGGAUUUUCUCAGUUUUUCUUCUCUUGUUUGAUGACUGGUAGUUAAGAGGAGCUGGACGGUCAAGGUGGGAUGUUGCAAAAUGCUUUAUUUAAUGCUUAUAUGUUGAAAUGAGUUAGUCCUCAGGCCCAGCAAAUGCUGCUGUGGGAGGGUUUUUCUGCUUUUAAUUCUGUGUUAAUUGGCUUUGACUGAGGAAUUGGCUCACCUAGUUUUGUUUUACUGAACCAACGUGGCUCUUGCAGAGUUGUUUUGUCAAAAAUGGCGAGUAGGGCAACUUCAUGUGUUUGUGCUGUAAAGAAAUGGACAGCUUGCCACACAGCUGAGCUCAUUUAUAACACUGCAAGGCAAAACCCAGGCUUUUCAGCUCAGCACAAUUCCAGAGCAGCUCACAAGAGCAAUAACAAUAGAAAACUCAUCUUGGUAUCAACCAAGAGCAUUGAAUUUCAUUCCAAAGUCAGUGUUCAGGCCUGCAGGUCUCAGCUGUUGGUAGCCAGCUGUAGCAAUGCCAGUGUCUUCAGGGAGAGCAGACCUGGGAUGCUUUCAUCAGACCUUUCACAGCUGCUCUGUUAUGAUAUUUAAAGCAGCUUUGAGAACGUGGAUGGUUCAGGACAGCGGAUGUGGCUGGUAGAACAGCACAGCAGUGUUAACACGCAGGGACUGGUGCCUGGUCUGUGUAUGUGGUGUCACUUCUGCUGUCAAAGAGUAUUUUCAUACAGUGUGGUGGGUAAAAAAAAUAAUCAAUAAAACCUUUUCAGCUAAAAAUUGAA